AUGGCUGUUCUCAUGGCUGUUCUCAUGGCUGUUCUCAUGGCUGUUCUCAUGGCUGUUCUCAUGGCUGUUCUCAUGGCUGUUCUCAUGGCUGUUCUCAUGGCUGUUCUCAUGGCUGUUCUCAUGGCUGUUCUCAUGGCUGUUCUCAUGGCUGUUCUCAUGGCUGUUCUCAUGGCUGUUCUCAUGGCUGUUCUCAUGGCUGUUCUCAUGGCUGUUCUCAUGGCUGUUCUCAUGGCUGUUCUCAUGGCUGUUCUCAUGGCUGUUCUCAUGGCUGUUCUCAUGGCUGUUCUCAUGGCUGUUCUCAUGGCUGUUCUCAUGGCUGUUCUCAUGGCUGUUCUCAUGGCUGUUCUCAUGGCUGUUCUCAUGGCUGUUCUCAUGGCUGUUCUCAUGGCUGUUCUCAUGGCUGUUCUCAUGGCUGUUCUCAUGGCUGUUCUCAUGGCUGUUCUCAUGGCUGUUCUCAUGGCUGUUCUCAUGGCUGUUCUCAUGGCUGUUCUCAUGGCUGUUCUCAUGGCUGUUCUCAUGGCUGUUCUCAUGGCUGUUCUCAUGGCUGUUCUCAUGGCUGUUCUCAUGGCUGUUCUCAUGGCUGUUCUCAUGGCUGUUCUCAUGGCUGUUCUCAUGGCUGUUCUCAUGGCUGUUCUCAUGGCUGUUCUCAUGGCUGUUCUCAUGGCUGUUCUCAUGGCUGUUCUCAUGGCUGUUCUCAUGGCUGUUCUCAUGGCUGUUCUCAUGGCUGUUCUCAUGGCUGUUCUCAUGGCUGUUCUCAUGGCUGUUCUCAUGGCUGUUCUCAUGGCUGUUCUCAUGGCUGUUCUCAUGGCUGUUCUCAUGGCUGUUCUCAUGGCUGUUCUCAUGGCUGUUCUCAUGGCUGUUCUCAUGGCUGUUCUCAUGGCUGUUCUCAUGGCUGUUCUCAUGGCUGUUCUCAUGGCUGUUCUCAUGGCUGUUCUCAUGGCUGUUCUCAUGGCUGUUCUCAUGGCUGUUCUCAUGGCUGUUCUCAUGGCUGUUCUCAUGGCUGUUCUCAUGGCUGUUCUCAUGGCUGUUCUCAUGGCUGUUCUCAUGGCUGUUCUCAUGGCUGUUCUCAUGGCUGUUCUCAUGGCUGUUCUCAUGGCUGUUCUCAUGGCUGUUCUCAUGGCUGUUCUCAUGGCUGUUCUCAUGGCUGUUCUCAUGGCUGUUCUCAUGGCUGUUCUCAUGGCUGUUCUCAUGGCUGUUCUCAUGGCUGUUCUCAUGGCUGUUCUCAUGGCUGUUCUCAUGGCUGUUCUCAUGGCUGUUCUCAUGGCUGUUCUCAUGGCUGUUCUCAUGGCUGUUCUCAUGGCUGUUCUCAUGGCUGUUCUCAUGGCUGUUCUCAUGGCUGUUCUCAUGGCUGUUCUCAUGGCUGUUCUCAUGGCUGUUCUCAUGGCUGUUCUCAUGGCUGUUCUCGUGGCUGUUCUCGUGGCUGUUCUCAUGGCUGUUCUCGUGGCUGUUCUCGUGGCUGUUCUCGUGGCUGUUCUCGUGGCUGUUCUCGUGGCUGUUCUCGUGGCUCCUUCUCAACGUCCUCUCCUGUAG